GGUGCCGCGGGAGGAGGCGGCCGUGGGGCUCCAUGGUGACGGCGCAGCUGCCCAGGGAGUUUUGGGGUCAGUGUCCUUGGAGGCGUUCUGGAGCCAUGGAGAUGUGGCCCCGAGGGACGUGGUCAGUUGGCACUGUGUGCUGGGAGUCCUGAAGGUCUUCAUUAACAAUGAACAUAAAGGUAACAUCAGAUUUCCCUGGUGUGGAAACACAACAUUCAGGGGAUGGGAAAUGGGCAGACUAUUUAGUGAUGUUAUUUUGAAUCCUUGCAGCUGCUGUUGCCCAUUGGGACAUCUACUGUGCUGCUUCUAGCACUGGAUCAUCUGCUGAUCAGAUCACAUCAGCCACAGACCUGCUGUCAUGUCUAAGUUAAAGAGCUCUGAGUCUGUUCGGGUGGUGGUACGAUGCCGACCGAUGAACAGCAAAGAGAAGUCAGCUUCGUAUGAAAAGGUUGUUAAUGUGGAUGUCAAAUUAGGGCAGGUCUCGGUGAAGAAUCCCCGGGGAACAUCUCAUGAACUGCCUAAAACUUUCACCUUUGAUGCUGUGUACGACUGGAAUUCCAAACAGGUUGAACUCUAUGAUGAGACCUUCAGACCUCUUGUGGACUCUGUUCUGCAAGGUUUCAAUGGGACAAUCUUUGCAUAUGGGCAGACUGGAACAGGGAAAACUUACACGAUGGAGGGGGUGCGUGGUGAUCCUGAAAAAAGAGGGGUCAUCCCCAAUUCCUUUGAUCACAUCUUCACCCACAUCUCUAGAUCUCAAAAUCAGCAGUACCUAGUUAGAGCUUCUUAUCUGGAAAUAUACCAGGAAGAAAUCAGAGACUUGUUAUCAAAGGAUCAAUCCAAACGGCUGGAGUUAAAAGAGAGGCCAGACACAGGUGUAUAUGUUAAGGAUUUGUCUUCCUUCGUUACAAAAAGUGUCAAAGAAAUAGAACAUGUCAUGAACGUGGGAAACCAAAAUCGCUCCGUUGGGGCCACCAACAUGAAUGAACACAGCUCUCGAUCUCACGCCAUUUUUGUGAUCACUAUUGAAUGCAGCGAGCUGGGACUUGAUGGGGAGAAUCAUAUCCGUGUUGGAAAACUCAACCUGGUAGACCUUGCAGGCAGCGAGCGCCAAGCUAAGACUGGAGCACAGGGGGAAAGGUUAAAGGAAGCUACGAAAAUCAAUCUCUCUCUUUCAGCUUUGGGCAACGUUAUAUCUGCCCUAGUAGAUGGCAAAAGCACACACAUUCCAUACCGGGACUCAAAGCUAACUAGGUUACUCCAAGACUCAUUAGGUGGCAAUGCCAAGACCGUGAUGGUGGCCAAUAUAGGCCCUGCCUCUUACAAUGUAGAGGAGACUCUUACGACGCUGAGAUACGCCAAUCGUGCCAAAAACAUCAAGAACAAGCCAAGAGUGAAUGAGGAUCCUAAGGAUGCUCUGCUGCGUGAAUUCCAGGAAGAAAUUGCUCGACUCAAGGCACAGCUGGAAAAGCGGUCUAUUGGCAAAAGAAAGAGGAGGGAAAGGAGGAGAGAGGGUGGGGAGGAAGAGGAGGAUACUGAAGAGGGUGAGGAUGAAGGAGAUGACAAAGAUGACUAUUGGAGAGAGCAGCAAGAAAAGCUGGAGAUUGAAAAGAAAGCUAUUGUUGAGGAUCACAGCUUGGUAGCCGAAGAAAAGAUGAGACUGCUGAAAGAGAAGGAGAAGAAAAUGGAGGACUUGAGGCGAGAGAAGGAAGCAACAGAAAUGCUGAGUGCUAAAAUCAAGGCAAUGGAAAGCAAGCUUCUGGUGGGAGGGAAAAAUAUUGUGGAUCACACAAACGAGCAGCAGAAAAUCCUGGAACAGAAACGACAGGAGAUUGCAGAACAGAAACGUCGGGAGCGAGAAAUCCAACAGCAGAUGGAAAGUCGGGAUGAGGAAACACUGGAGCUGAAGGAGACCUAUAGUUCUCUACAGCAAGAGGUGGACAUAAAGACGAAGAAACUUAAAAAGUUAUUUUCCAAGCUGCAAGCUGUGAAGGCAGAGAUCCAUGAUCUCCAAGAAGAGCACAUCAAGGAGCGCCAGGAACUGGAGCAGACCCAGAAUGAGCUUACGAGGGAACUAAAGCUGAAGCACCUGAUUAUUGAAAAUUUUAUUCCUUUGGAAGAAAAGAAUAAGAUCAUGAACAGGUCAUUCUUUGAUGAAGAGGAAGACCAGUGGAAACUGCACCCCAUAACCCGUCUGGAUAACCAGCAAAUGAUGAAAAGGCCAGUGUCUGCUGUAGGAUACAAAAGGCCACUGAGCCAGCAUGCCAGGACGUCCAUGAUGAUUCGUCCAGAGGCUCGGUACAGGGCAGAGAAUAUUGUAUUACUGGAACUUGACAUGCCCAGCCGAACAACAAGAGACUAUGAAGGUCCAGCCAUUGCUCCCAAAGUUCAGGCUGCUCUGGAAGCAGCUCUGCAGGAUGAAGACGAGAUCCAGGUGGAUGCUUCAACCUUUGAGAGCACUUCAAAUAAAAAACCAAAAUCCAGGCCUAAAACUGGAAGGAAAUCAGGGGGAUCCUCUUCAGCAGGCACCCAUAGUUCUCAGCUCUACCCACAGUCCCGAGGGCUGGUUCCAAAGUAAAACCAGCAAUUCCUCUCCAGGGCGUGAACAGCUUUUGCCUCCUGAGAGCAGAGACAAGUAAAAACCUGCAGAGAGACCUCCCAGCCAGACUCCAACCCCUUUCCCCUGGAGGUGGCCUCUUUGCUGUUUAACUGACUUGUGCCAGUCCAGGUACACUGAGCCACAGGAAGAUACGUGUUUGCAAUUCAGCAUUUGGCCUCUGUAGGAAACAGAUUUUAGUUAGGAAAUCAGAAAUGCAUGAGGUACGUUACAGUGUAUUAGAAGCAAUGGGAAGCAUGGGGAUCACCUCACAGCGUCACCGUCUCUCCUCCUGCACUAGCCCUUUUGCUGCACUUGGCUUUUUUGUUGGGCAGUAAGAAGACAGAGUUGAAAGUCAUCUCAACAGAACCACCGCUCCAAAGCUUCAUAGUGAGAAUCAAAUGAGGUUAAAAAGCAGAGGAUCCACCCAAACUUGACUAGGUGCACAGUUUUUCCUCUUCCUGCUUGAAAGACUGGCAUCAUCAUUUGGGGUUAAGAAGUUAAUCUGAACGGGCAGAUUGGCAGCUGUCAGCACGCACUCACCACCAGAUAGCUGUGCUUCCCUUUCAAACUGUAGGACAAAAAGGGGACUUUAAAGAAUUUUGUUGCUUUCUAGACAGGAAGCAAUAGAAAUCGAAGUCCUUUACUUGUUUACAAGCAUAAGUAAGUGCUCCUCUAAACUGACCUCCUGCAGAUCACACCCCAACCAACAGGAACCACCUUGUCAAAGAAUACAUCUGCAUUCCAGUGCCAGCUCCACAGCUUGCUUCCUCUUUGUUGCCUCCAUCUUUUAUCCCUGGCAUUUGAAACCAGUAUCCACACUGAGUCUUUGAAUGGUGGUGUGGUGCAUGGCAAUUUUCUCAGAUCUCCCACUGAUCACAGGAAAUGUAGCAUUGACAUGGAGCUAUCUUCUGAGCAGGCUCGUAGGGCUGACUCUCUGCUCUCCCCUGUAAGCUGGGUCGAGGGUAGAGCACCAUGACAAGAAGCCGUCCGUGAGUGCACUGUUCUUGUAAGUAUGGUCCCUUCCCUUGGGGUCUGAGGAGCUUCAACACACGGUACCAUUUGUGCCUCACCCGUUCCAUGUUAGAAGCUCUUCCUCUGCACCUCCCGGACCAGGCAGGGCCCAGUGGGAGUGAAAGCACAUAUAGCCAAGUCUGGAUAAUGGAAUCUGGUACUAAAUCCAGGGGUUGUAGCUUGAAAACAAGGGAGGAAGAGCUCCUGCUUUUGAUGGUCUCUCUGCAAGCUGCCCUAUGACUUAAGCAGGCUACUGUAAAGCUGCAGGCUCGUGUGGCAGGGUUGAGGGAGAUGGAGCUGCCAUGUUGAAGACAGUAAGGUGUCCCUGUCUAGUGUUGCACAGCUCAUUCGUAAGUUUUAGUUUGUUGUAUAUUGAGACUUGGGAUGUUACAUUUUCUGGUUGCUGUUGGCUGUCAUCCUAUGAAUGUUUUUACCUAUUUCCUCUCCUUCACUGACAACUUCCUCCAGACUGACAUGUGUGAGUGUCUGAGGACUUGCCUGGUUUUAGAAAUGCUCUGAUAUAUGGACUCUACCUUGUGUGCUCGUUACGUAUCUGCUGAGUGACUUCACCCAGGCUGGAGAACUCCAUUAUAUCUGACCCCCAUGAGCAGAAGGAACUGAACACUCAGCACAGCUCACCUCUGCAUCUUGCGGGCAUGGUGCCUCGGUGAGCCAGCUGCCCGGGUGGGCCUGGUUAAACUCUAAGUCAGCUGCUUUGAUUCGUGGAGUGCUUCUCUGGAUCACAAGAUUAAUAUAUAUAUACACACACACAUAUAUAUAUAUUUUAGUUUUGGUGGAGGAAGGACGAGUUUGCCUAUAACUGAGAGAGCAGUCAUCUGACAAAUUUCUUUCAACUAGAACAUGGGAACCUGGCAUAAUCUUCCUUUUUAUAAAGCACUGUUUAUGUACAGAGAGCCUUUUAAUUAGCUCUUGUUGCAUAAUAUAAUGUCACCUUCUCUUCCCUCUCCUCCGUCUUUCUCUCUAGCACAUAAUCUUCUGUACUUUGACAUUUUAAAAGAUGAUUGUAUGCUGUAAACGCUCAGAGAACUGAAAUGAAACAAGGGGGUUUUACAACCUGAAAGAGCAACUCAAAAUAUAUACAUGUAUAUGUACAUACCUAUACGUACACGUAUGUUUAACGUGAAUAUGCAUACACAGCCACAUCUGUGUUUGCACACUCACACCCUUCCUCAGUCACCACUGUUCCAUAGGGAAUUCUACAUUAAAGUCAAAUGCUGGAAGCUCCCCUUGUGGCAGGACCGGGAUGGUGGAAAUUACAGUGCAAACCCCAACUGUUCUUGUUUCAGUGUUGACAAGCUAGCUGGUUGAUAUGUCAGAAAGGCUCUGCUUUUAAUGCUGUAGAAAUUCAUUAGCAAGGUGAAAGAAAUUCAGUAGGAUGGAAAAAAAGAAUAAAAUUGCAUAUCUAGUCAUUGUAUUGAA